GUCAGCCCGGGGACUCCCUCUUUUUCCUCCUUCUCUCCUCGCCUGUCCAGACCUGGGGCAGCGCAGAAUGCGCCCAGCUGCUGCGUUCUGAUCACCCUCCCACAGCCGCCGCCGCCGCCGUCGCCGCCACCGCCACCGCCACCGCGAUGAUCUCCCCCGAACAGCAGCAACAACAGCAGCAGCUGCAGCAGCAACAGCAGCCCAACCAUGUCGUGGCCACCAUCGAGAACCUGCCGGCCGAGAGCAGCGGCAGCAGCGGCGGGAGUCUCUCUGCCUCGUCCGCCUCCAGCGUGCGCCAGAGGAUCAGGAAAAUGCUGAACAGGGAGAUGAUGAUCUCUGUGGCCCUUGGACAGGUGUUAUCCUUACUUAUCUGUGGCAUUGGUCUAACCAGCAAGUACCUGUCUGAUGAUUUCCAUGCCAACACUCCAGUCUUUCAGAGUUUCCUUAAUUACAUCCUUCUGUUCUUGGUCUACACCACAACACUAGCUGUCAGACAAGGAGAAGAAAAUUUGCUGGCGAUUUUGAGGCGAAGAUGGUGGAAAUAUAUGAUCCUAGGCAUCAUAGAUCUAGAAGCAAAUUACCUGGUAGUCAAAGCUUACCAAUAUACCACAUUGACCAGUGUGCAGCUCUUGGACUGCUUUGUCAUCCCAGUAGUGAUACUCCUGUCCUGGUUUUUCCUCCUAAUCCGAUACAAGGCUGUGCACUUUGUUGGCAUUGUGGUCUGCAUUCUGGGAAUGGGCUGCAUGGCAGGAGCUGAUGUUCUUGUGGGAAGACAGCAAGGAGCAGGAGAAAAUAAGCUGAUAGGAGACCUCUUGGUCCUAGGAGGAGCCACACUCUAUGGCAUCUCGAAUGUGUGGGAAGAAUACAUCAUCCGAACCCUGAGCCGGGUGGAAUUUCUAGGAAUGAUUGGACUCUUUGGUGCCUUCUUCAGUGGAAUUCAGCUGGCUAUAAUGGAGCACAAGGAGCUUUUGAAGGUACCUUGGGAUUGGCAAAUUGGGCUAUUGUAUGUUGGCUUCAGCGCCUGCAUGUUUGGCCUGUACAGCUUCAUGCCAGUAGUCAUAAAGAAAACCAGCGCGACAUCCGUCAACCUCAACCUGCUCACGGCAGAUCUAUACAGCCUAUUCUGUGGACUGUUUCUCUUCCACUACAAGUUUUCAGGACUUUAUCUCCUGUCCUUCUUCACUAUCCUCAUCGGGCUGGUGCUCUACUCUUCCACCUCCACAUACAUAGCCCAGGACCCUCGGGUAUACAAGCAGUUUCGAAACCCAUCAGGAACCGUUGUAGACUUACCAGCCUCUGGACAGGUGGAACCUUCAGUCACCUAUACCAGCCUAGGUCAAGAAAUGGAAGAAGAGCCCCAUGUGCGAGUUGCCUAGGAUUAGGCCCUCCUAAUCCACUGAGGAUGACUCAGUGGCCACGUGUAUGCCCAUCAUCUCUGUAUUGUACAUAGAGAAAGGUAUUUACCAGGUGCAGUUUACUCAUGUGGACUGCAAGGUAGCAAAGUCUGAAAGCCUCUUACAAAUAACAAGCUCAUUGUCCCUGGAGACCCACACUCCAAAACAUCCUACUUGGAGAGGUGUCUGCCUAGGGUGUAUACUGACCGCAAUUCCCUCUGCAUCAAUUACUGUGAAAAGUUUUGAAUCAAAAGCUAGUAUUAUUGUUGUUUUUUAUUAUUAUUACUGUUAUUAUUAUUGAACCAAUAUUCAAGAGGGGAUUUUGCACACCACCCCCACCCCUACCCAAAUGCAAAUUAAAUUACCACCAGUUCUGCAAGCAGUCACAUAAAUCCCACUUUUCUAUGGCAAGUCACUUUUUAAGAAUCAUAUUUAAUUUUUUUUGCAUAAACUUUGUGAGUGAUGCAUGCUGCAGGAGCUCCACCCCAAAAAAGUUUAGUUGGCCUUGGAAUUUGGUGGUUAAGGGUUAAUCCACCACCUGUUGGAUUGUUGGCUCAAUAUGUCAUCUGUGCUGUGACCCUUGUGGGGAGGGGCAACUGACCAUAUAAUUCUCUAUUCUAGGAAUAGAUCUAAAAUGAGCAUUUUAGCCUUUUUAUAUUUGCAAUCACUACAUACUCCUCCAGGCCAUUGCCUUCUGUUGUGCCAUGAGGUUUCUGCCAAACAUGUCCCUAUGAUAAUAGGGUUAGGAAUGUAUCAUUGCUAUGGGUUACGGGGAAACUCCAGAAACCAAGUCAUUUUCCCAAGAUAUUUGUUUUCACCCAAAUCUGUGCUCCCUUAUGCUUCUUCUUUCCUCCUUAUCCCCCCAAAUUCCCAUUGUUUUAUUUUCUCCUCCUUCUAGAUCUUUUUUUUUUUUUUUGGUGAGAUAAUAUGGAACAGAAUCAAGGCACUUGAAGGAGCCAGUGCUAUCUACUACUUGUGAGGCUUCCUUUUUUUUCCUAAGUGUAUUGAUAAAGAAACUGUGUUCAUAUUUGUAAGUUUAAUUGAUUGUACCACCCGCCUAAAGAGUUUAGGGACAAAGGUAGUAUAGGCACCAAGAGCAAUUCAGUUGACCUGACACGAUCACAAUGAUAGAGAUACCAUCAUUUUACAAUUAUGCAUUUGAAGAAUGUUUGGUAUCAUCUGGAAAGUAGAAGUAAUCUUUUAAGUAUUACAUUUUUAAUCUGUCUUCUUUUCUCUCUUUGGGUAAUAGGAGUCUGAUGGGUCUUUUAUAUACAUUUUUUUCAUUUCUCCCAAAAAUGACCCUUUUUUAAGGACUAGAAAUCAAGAAUCAAAAAAAGGGCCCACCUAAUUUCCCAGUGCUAGCUGUAACCUGUGAGUAUAUGAAGUAUCUUCUAUGUUUGGUUGAUGCAGAGAAGGCAUUGAUAAAGGUAAAGGGUAUAGAAAGAAAAGGUAAAUGUUUUUUGAGAAUUCGAAGAAGUCAUAUAAAUAUCUGUGCAAAUAUUAAGCACACCAACUGGACCAUAGGGUUUCUGCAAAGUAGAAAGGAGCAUUUGUACUAUUUUUGACACGCUAAAAUAGUGAGACGGUUCUAAAGAGGUUGAACCAGGCCAGUACUUGUACUAUGAUGGAAAGCUAUGCCUUAGUAUCAAUCUGAAAGUGUGUGGAUUGGUCUCAUAUUUUUCAACCAUGGAGGGAAUAGUCUGGCCAUGCCCUCACUCCAGGAGAAAGAUCCCUUGGGACAGGCAAGAAAACUACUUCUGUUCAAAAUCCAUUGUCUUCUCAGAUAACCCCUUAAAAGAUUGUGUUUAUUUUCUGCAAAAAUCACUGUGCAAAAAUUCUCCCUAUCCUGAGGAAUCCUGCUAUCUCCUGUACUCUCUGCUACCUUUUCAACCAAUUAAAUACCUUUCUCUGAGCAUUUUGUCUAUUUAGGUCUAAAGACCUUGCAAGACUGGUUUUAUUUUUGUGUUUACAUUCCUUCAUUUUGCAUACUUUUCUUGUUUUACCCUGUUUUUAGUAUUUAUUUUUUAAGCCAAAUGUUUGUAGUCUUCUUUUUUUAUUCAUUUUUAUGACACUAAUUUGUAGAUGUUUAGUAGUCUUAUUAGGAACAACUGGAUUGAAGGCAUUUCCAGGUCAGUUCACUGGCUUGGGAGUUUUUAAAAAUUUAAAUUUAAAAAAAGGUUUGCAAUCAACAGAUGGCUUAAAUCUGCCAUUUGAAACAUUUUUAUAGAAUAUUUUAAUUGACUCCAUUGUAUGGAAACCAAGUGUGAAUGUUUAGAAAUGCACUGUAUACCCUUCCUUCAUCAUCACUCAGCAAGCUCUCCCCACAGAGACCUUCCCAUCACUGGAGUCACUUACAGUGUUGCUUUCUCUCUUCCCCAGGUAAAAAGGUGUAUAAUGUGUUGAACUGACCUCCAGAUCAGAAAGGUUCAAUGGAUCUCCAAGAGAAAACAGUGGCAUACAAGCCUUCCUGAUAUACACAAAUAUUAAUUAGUCUAGUAAGGAAGGAUGGGAAGGGGGAAGGUAGGAAGGAUAAUGUUAUUCCAGGUGAUCUCUUUCCUACAAUUUCAGAACCUCUGUAGACACCAGCAGCAAUUCAACUUUUCAGUUCACAACUCUCUACUGGUUGAAUAAAACUUUAGCAGUGUGGGGCAGUGAUAAUAUAAAUAAACCAGAGUUUUUGUCAACACCACCAUCCUUUGGGAACUGGGCAGCCCUUAGUAAGAUAGGGGGUAAUUUUUAGCUACUGAAUGGAAACCUACCUAACCCCUCCCCACCUGAGGGAGGGCAUAGACCUCCCAGAAUGUUAGGAGACAGAGAUAUCUUGGCUCCAGCUUUCCACAGCAGCAAACUUGGAAACACACAACCUGGUAGACCAAGCAAUUGAAAAAAAAAUUGCAUCACUGUGUCAUAAUGGAAACGUUUCAGUGUUUAGUUUAGAUAUUGCUAACUUGUGCUAUUAACCUUCUGACAAGUGUGUAGUAUGUUUUUUGUUUCAUUUUGUUUUCAUUAAAGCCAUUUCAUAGUCCCAAGCUAGCUAAAAGGAAAAACUUUACCCCAUGGGUAGGAUUCUACUGGUAAACCCCAUAAUAAGCACACUAACCCUGACCAUUUCAAAUGGGAAUCUAAACCAAAAAGAAAAGAAGAAAAAAAAGAAUCUGCACCAAUACGCUGAAUCAACACUUUCUCCAUUUUUUGAUAUUUGCAUGCUCCUAUAUGGACUGGCUGUGGCAAUGUAAUGCCUGUAUAAUGUUUUCAAAUAAAAAUAAAUGCUUUAUGAAAGCAAAAGGUUA